AAUUAAACCCAUCAUCAAAUUAAAGUCGAAGAGAGUUCACCGAGGCUAAUUAAACAUGGAAGAAACAACAAUUCUUUACUCCUCUCUUUCUCUUGUCUUUCUCCUCAUUUCUUUAAACUUCUUCUUUCAAUCCAAAAAAUCCCACAAAAACCUCCCUCCAAGCCCACCUUCACGUCCGAUCCUUGGCCACCUCCACCUCCUAAAGCCCCCCAUCCAUCGCUCCUACCAUGCUCUUUCCCAAAAAUACGGUCCUAUCUUCUCCCUCCAGCUUGGCUCUCGACUUCAGGUUGUAGUAUCAUCUUCAGCCGCAGCCGAGGAAUGCUUUACCAAGAACGAUAUCAUUUUGGCGAAUCGACCCAGGUUAAUCCGGGGAAAGCACCUAGGCUACAACUAUACCACAGUUUCAGCCUCGCCUUAUGGUGACCAUUGGCGCAACCUACGCCGAAUCGGUGCCAUUGAAAUCUUCUCAUCAAGUCGCCUAAACACAACAAUAAGUGUUCGAAGAGACGAGAUCAGGCGCUUGUUGCUGAAACUGUCGCGUGAUUCACGCCAACACUUCACGAAAGUGGAGCUGAAAUCUAUGCUUUCUGAGUUGACCUUCAAUAACAUCAUGAGGAUGGUAGCAGGGAAGCGGUACUAUGGAGAUCAAGUGACAAAUGAAGCAGAAGCAAAAGAGUUUAGGGACUUAAUAGCAGAGGUAUUUAAGAAUGGUGGAGCAGCAAACCCAGCAGAUUUCUUUCCGAUGUUGAACUGGAUCGGUCAAUGGUAUGAAAAGAUGGAUAAGAAGCUUGGAAAGAGAAUGGACGUGUUUUUUCAGAAGUUGAUUGAUGAGCACCGAAGCAGUAGGCAGGAAAAUACUAGUAUGAUUGCUCACCUUCUUUCCCUGCAAGAAUCUGAGCCUCAUUACUACACUGAUGAAAUUUUGAAAGGGCUCAUGUUGGUGCUGAUACUUGCAGGAACAGACACAUCUGCAGUCACAUUAGAGUGGGCAAUGUCCAAUUUGCUUAACCACCCAGAAGUGUUGAAGAAAGCCAGAGCUGAAAUAGACAGUCAAAUUGGCCAAGAAAACUUGAUUGAUGAGCCAGAUGUUUCCAAACUACAUUACCUCCAAAGCGUUAUAUCCGAGACUCUUCGAUUAUACCCUGCACUUCCUCUCCUGCUUCCACACAUGGCAUCCAGUGAUUGCACCAUAGGUGGAUACAACGUACCACGUGACACGAUCGUAAUGGUCAACGCAUGGGCUAUUCAUAGGGAUCCUAAACUAUGGGAUGAUCCAACAAGUUUCAAGCCAGAGAGAUUUGAAAACGAGAAAGGAGAAUCACACAAGCUCAUGCCAUUUGGACUAGGAAGGAGGGCAUGUCCAGGAGCAAGCCUAGCUCAGCGCUUGGUGGGAUUAACUCUGGGAUCAUUGAUUCAAUGCUUUGAGUGGGAAAGGGUUGAUGGGAAGGAAAUUGACAUGACUGAAGGAACGGGUAGCACCAUGCCGAAAGCUCAGCCAUUGGAGGCUAUGUGUAAAGCUCGCCCUAUCGUGAAUAAAGUAGUUUACAAGGAAAAUGUUUAGUUUAAUAGUCAUAAGUUUGAUGAACAUAUUGUAAAAAUAGGCUUUGAUUUCUUAUCUAGUAUACAUAUUCUUGUAGUAGGACACCGUUCAGUGUUCAUUGUUAUUAUUAUAAUAAUUUUGUUUAGGUUUGUACUAAUGAGAAACCUUACUGUAAGAGGAUCUGCUUAAUGCAG